UUUUUUUUUUUUUUUUUUUUUUUUUCAUUUAUCGCUUAAUAAAGGAACAAGAAAAAUAAAGGAGGAAUGACAACACGAAGUGACCUUGGAGACAUUACACCCAACAAUUUGGGACAAGUUCGAGUUCUUCAUAAAGCAUUAUUUCCUGUUCAUUAUAAUGACAAUUUCUAUACUGAUUUACUAGAAGUAGGCGAAUUCGCUAAAUUAGUUUAUUAUAAUGAUGUUUGUGUCGGUACUGUUUGCUGUCGUAAAGAAGCUGAUGAAGCUAAUACUAACAAAACCAAGAUUUAUAUAAUGACAUUGGGUGUUUUGGAACCUUACCGUCAUCUCGGUUUAGGUAACCAAUUAGUGCAGCAUAUUUUAGAACAAGCAAAACUUGACAAUGACAUUUCAAAAGUAUUCUUACAUGUCCAAAUAAGUAAUACAGUAGCUACUGAAUUUUAUCAAAAGAAUGGCUUUAAAAUUGUCAGCACUGAAAAAGAUUAUUAUAAAAACAUCGAACCUAGAGAUGCUUAUCUUUUAGAAAAGAUGAUUGAACACUAGAAUAAUACAUUUAGAAAAAAAAAAUAAAAUAAAAUUAUUACAUUUAUAUCUGUUUACGAAGAAGGAAGGUU